GGCGAGGCCUGGGCGGGGCGGGGCCCGGGGCGCGGCUCCCGGCGGCGGCCGACAUGGGCUGCUUCUGCGCGGCGCCCGAGGAUUUCUACUGCGAAGUUCUGCUGCUCGACGACGCCAAGUUGACGCUCACCAGCCAGCAGCAGGGCAUCAAGAAGUCAACGAAAGGCUCCGUCGUCCUCGACCACGUGUUCCGUCACGUAAACCUGGUGGAGAUCGACUACUUUGGGCUGCGUUACUGCGACAGAAGCCAUCAGACAUAUUGGCUGGAUCCUGCAAGAACCCUCGCUGAACACAAAGAACUGAUCAACACUGGACCUCCAUAUACCUUGUAUUUUGGUAUUAAAUUCUACGCUGAAGAUCCGUGUAAGCUUAAAGAAGAAAUAACCAGAUACCAGUUUUUCUUGCAGGUGAAGCAAGAUGUGCUUCAAGGCCGGCUGCCCUGCCCCGUCAACACUGCUGCCCAGCUGGGAGCAUACGCCAUCCAGGCUGAGCUUGGAGAUUAUGACCCAUAUAAACACACCACAGGCUACGUGUCGGAGUACCGGUUUGUUCCCGAUCAGAAGGAAGAACUUGAAGAAGCCAUAGAAAGGAUUCAUAAAACUUUAAUGGGUCAGACUCCUUCCGAGGCAGAACUGAAUUACUUGAGGACCGCCAAGUCCCUGGAGAUGUACGGCGUUGACCUCCAUCCUGUCUACGGAGAAAACAAAUCUGAGUACUUCUUAGGAUUAACACCGGUUGGUGUCGUCGUCUACAAGAAUAAAAAGCAAGUGGGGAAGUAUUUCUGGCCACGGAUCACAAAGGUUCACUUCAAGGAGACACAGUUUGAACUCAGAGUGCUGGGAAAAGACUGCAACGAAACCUCGUUCUUUUUUGAAGCUCGAAGCAAAACGGCCUGCAAGCAUCUUUGGAAGUGCAGCGUGGAACAUCACACGUUCUUCAGAAUGCCAGAAAGUGAAUCAAGCUCGCUGUCGAGAAGGCUCAGCAAGUUCGGAUCCGCUGGCUACAAGCACCGGCGCAGGACGGCAUUGCAGAGGAGUCGAGGUCUGUGCGUGGAGCUUCCAAGGCCAGAUCAGAACGUGGCGAGAAGUCGGAGCAAGACUUACCCCAAGAGGGCAGCACAGACACAGCCGGCCGGACCGCAGGGCGCCUCCCCGGGGCCGGCAGACGCGGAGGACGGAGGAAGCGGAGGAGCCGCCAGGAUUCUUGCACCUUCACCAGUGAAAAGCUUUAAGAAAGCAAAGAAUGAAAACAGCCCUGAUGCCCAAAGAAGCAAAUCUCAGGUGCCGUGGGACGAAAAUGGGCCCCAGAGUGGCCUCUACAACUCCCCUGGGGACCGCGUGAAAUCCCCGAAGUUCCCGUCCGCACGCCGCCGGAACCCGUCCUGCGGGAGCGAUGACUCCGUGCAGCCGACGAGGAGGAGGAAGGCCCAGAACAGUGGCGAAGACUCGGAUCUAAAGCAGAGGAGGAGGUCCCGUUCUCGCUGCAACACGAGCAGCGGCAGCGAGUCCGAGAGCUCCCACAGAGAGCACCGGAAGAAGCGACACAGAAUUCGGCAGGAGAACGAUAUGGUUGAUUCAGCGCCUCAGUGGGAAGCUGUAUUAAGGAGACAAAAGGAAAAAACUCAGGCAGACCCCAACAACAGACGAUCCAGACACAGAUCUCGCUCGAGGAGCCCCGAUAUCCAGGCGAAAGAAGAGUUAUGGAAGCACAUUCAAAAGGAACUCGUGGACCCUUCUGGAUUGUCUGAAGAACAACUAAAAGAGAUUCCAUAUACUAAAGUAGAGACUCAAGGCGAUCCAGUCCGCAUCAGGCAUUCCCAUUCGCCUCGAAGCUACCGCCAGUAUCGCCGGUCCCAGUGUUCAGAUGGAGAGCGGUCUGUCCUCUCGGAGAUGAAUUCAAAAACCGAACUGGUACCCCCACUUCCUGUGACCCGUUCUUCAGAUGCUCAGGGUUCCGGUGGCUCCACGGUUCAUCAGACAAGGAAUGGAUCUAAGGACAGCCUGAUGGAGGAGAAAUCUCAGACCUCUACAAGCAACCUGGCUGGAAAGCACACAGCAAAGACCGUGAAAACUGUCCAAGCUUCCCGCCUCCGAACAGAGACCUGAUACCGGGGAAGGGCCUGGGCCGGAGGGGUGGCCGCCUUACUUCCCAACUGUGAAUCCAGGAUCCACAUCCUCUUGGACCUGCAAGGUUUCAUCAGAAAGACUGAACCUGUUGCAUCUUUUAAAGGCCAAGCAGCCUGUGUGUGCUGGAGGCCAUUACUGGGGAACUUGGACAGGCUUGGGAGCUCGUUCACUGGAUGUCCUGUUCUUCCUGGGAACCGCCAGCACCUUGUGGCCACCAGCGAGGGCAGAGGCCUCGGUUGAAGCUCUGGACACUGGAGUGCGGCUGGUGCUGCAGGACGCACCACCUGUGAACUGUAGGUGGGUCUCGGCCUGUGUGCCGAAGUACCGACAUCCCCAUUGGGCUGCAGAGGCCUCGGCCAGAGAACUGUUCUCGUGAUACUGUGUGUGGCGUGGAGCCCCACCGGUUAUUUACAAAUGUAUAAAGCUUUGAGUGUUGCUUUUAA